UUGACCAAUCACAGGGAACCUUCUUUCGGAACAUAUCCCAGGCUGCCUUCUUUGUGCGCCAUUUUCGUUCAGAAGGAGUGCGGAUCUCCACCUAGAAAAGAUGUCAGAACAACAGCUGCAACAGAACUGCAACCAAGGGGGUGUUGAUGAGAUCAAGCCCGAGAACAGUGAGCACAUCAACCUGAAGGUGGCCGGCCAAGAUGGCAGCGUGGUGCAUUUCAAGAUCAAGAAGAACACACAGCUGAGGAAACUCAUGUCUGCCUAUUGUCAAAGAGUCGGAAUUCAAGCCCAACAAGUGCGAUUCCGGUUUGAUGGAAAUCCAAUUAACGAGUCAGAUUCCCCUUCUUUGCUGGAGAUGGAGGAUGGAGAUUCAAUAGACGUAUUCCAACAGCAGACAGGAGGAAAGUGGUGCCACUGAUUGACUCGAGUCAUGUGAUUACCAUUCAAAGGGUGUUUGCGGACCAUGUGAAGUGAAAACGGUGAAAGACUGAACGCAUCCGCAAUGGAUACCAGCCCUCAGAAAGGUUGAAUAGAUCCACUCUAUUCAUUUUUUGUACAGUUUGUCAUCGUCUUCUACUCUUAGUCAUGUGUAUCAUGUUUUGUCAUUGCAGGGGUUUCCGGGCAGGGUGAUAGUCGUACUAUUUAUCUUUGCAUCAUGUAAAGCGAUUUCGCGUUGUUCAUCAGGGUUCGAAAUUACAGCAAGUAAAGACUUAUGCUGCACUUCAUUUAUCAAUUUCAUUAUCACUGGCCAAAUGAGACAUUGUCAGUUUCCAUUGUAUUACUACUGCAUUCAACAAACAAGGUGUUUUAGAUUGGACUUAUUUUAUGAUAGUUUCAGGGAAAUUUUGUUUCACAAUCUAAUUACUUGUAACAUGGUUAAUUUCCAACCCUGAUAUGUUCAUUGUUCGGCAUCAAGUAUUUCAUGUACGUUUGUUUGCAUUCGUUCCACCCUGGGUUCAAGUGUAGCCAAACUGUAUCCGUGUGUAGUACCAAGACUGCCAGAUCGUCACUUCUCCCUAAGUUGACAUUUGUUUCAGUCUGGUUGACUUUUCAGUUACAAUACCAUUGACUGUCUCCACAACUUGUUAAUGCCAAUAAUUGAAUGUUACCAAUCACCUGGCGACUGGCCAUCCAAAUCAAAGAUACAGUAGAAUUCAUUGUCUCCUAAAUGUCAAUAUCACUGGUUGUCAUUAAACAUGUAUCAUUGUAA